GUAUUGAAACCAGGAUGUUGGUUUGAGAUAACUGAUGUAGAGACUGACAUUAAAAAUCCGGGUACAUAUACCACUAAAAUGACAAAUGAAGGAAGUUGGGAUGCCCGGCUCAGCUAUGCGUGCGACCAACACGCACGUGAUCUAUUUUCGAUUAUGUUAUCGAUUUUUGGUAAAGGUCUUGGUGUUAAACAAAAAGAUAUGGGCAAAACCUUAAAUAUCUUAAUGGAGGAAUUUAAUCACAAUAGAUCUUAUAUCCAUCUUCAUCGAUUUUGUGGACAAAAGAGAGUGGAAAAACUAUAG